AUGUCGUCAGAGCCUCCUGCAACAAAUGAUGAAGAACCAACUGUUACUUGUAGUGAAUUACUCGAGCAAAUCGAAGAUGAAGAAGAAGAACUAGAUCGUGAACGAGCACUGUAUGGUAAUUGUGAUGUCGAUACAUGUACAUAUUCACAAGGAUAUGUCAGACGUCAAGCAUUGUUCACUUGCAUGACAUGUAGUAAGAAUGAACAAUCGAUUGGUAUGUGUGCAGCAUGUGCAUAUCACUGCCAUGCGAAUCAUGACGUGAAUGAACUGUAUACGAAAAGAUUUUUCCGAUGCGAUUGUGGAAAUACGAAAUCGGGUCAUCAACCCUGUAAACUUUAUCUUAAUAAAGAUCCGGAAAAUACAUUGAAUAAAUACAAUGACAAUUUUCGAGGAAUCUAUUGUACGUGCAAACGUCCGUAUCCAGACAAAGAGUCAACAACGUCAGACGAUGAAAUGAUCCAGUGCAUUAUUUGCGAAGAUUGGUUCCACAGUCAACAUCUGGGUGUUUCAUUACCGAUGGAAGAAAACGAAACAAAUCAAAUGGAUAUGAUUUGCCAAGCGUGUGUAACGGAAUAUCCAUUCUUAGCUUUUUAUGAUGAAAUUCGAGGAAUGAUUACACCACCAGCAGAGAACAAUGCAACAGCGUGUUUAUUAUCAUCGAGUGAAAAGAACGAUCAGUUUCACACAAUCUUCUUACGAGACGGAUGGCGACGACGUUUAUGUCGGUGUGAGCAAUGUUCUAAACUCUACGACGAAUUGAAAUUAACGCCGAUAUUCGAUGAUGCUGAUUCGAUUCAAGAAUACGAAAAGCAGGCUUUAGCUAAAAGCGAAAAUCUCGAUGGAGAUAAAAUUCUUGCUGAUUCGUUGGAAAAUCUCGGCUACACCCAAAAGCUCGAAGUUCUACGUGGCAUCAAUGAAUUCAAGAAAACACUAGGUGAUUUCCUUCGCGAAAAAGCAAACGGCGAUGGCGUAUUGACAGCCCAAGACGUCACAACCUUCUUUGCUGGUUUACAAGAAAAACGUCAAGAACGCCAACGAACCAUGUUCAUGCCCCCUGAUAAUUGUAAAUUUUAA